CACACACGCAGACACACACACGCAGACACACACACGCAGACACACACACAGACAUCCAAUUCCAGAUAUUUCCCGAAUUCGCCAUGAGUUGCCCAAACGUCCCAAGGCCUUCAUUGCGAAAAGGAAAGUGUGGAAAUGCGGAGGGGCGGUGACGCAAGACGCUCGCGUUUCUCCGUGGGACACCGACCAAGUGACAGCUGGCGUGAAGCGGCAUCUGGAAGUGGAGAGCCCAAGUGGAGCGAGAUCUAGAGUGGAGAUCUGGAGUGAGAUCUAGAGUGGAGUGAGAUCUAGAGUGGAGUGAGAUCUAGAGUGGAGUGAGAUCUAGAGUGGAGAUCUAGAGUGGAGAUCUAUAGUGAGAUCUAGAGUGGAGCGAGAUCUAGAGUGGAGUGAGAUCUAGAGUGGAGAUCUAGAGUGGAGAUCUGGAGUGGAGAUCUAUAGUGGAGUGAGAUCUAGAGUGGAGAUCUAGAGUGGAUAUCUAGAGUGGAGUGAGAUCUAGAGUGGAGAGCCGGAGUGGAGUGACAUCUCGACUGUCUCUGGCCAGACCAAGGGGACGCGUGGUGGCCCUGUGCAGCAGGGCACGGGAGCGACGUCAUGUCAUCGCCGCGCCCGGCGCCGGCGCCGCCCGCCUUCGUGUACGAGCGCCCCGGCCACGCGGCCGACGUGCUGCGGCAGCUGGACGAGCAGCGGCGCGCCGCGGCGAGCGCCGGCUCCGCCGCCGGCGGCCUCUGCGACGCCAGCGUCGCCGCGGGAGGCGGCCGCUUCCCCGCGCACUGCGCCGUCCUGGCGGCGUGCAGCGACUUCUUCCGCGCGGCGCUCGCGCUCCCGCCCGCCGCCUCCUCUCCCGCUCGCUCGGGCGCGACGACGGAGCGGCCGCCCGACGUGCGCACGUUCAACCUCCCCGCAGAGGUCACCGUCAAAGGCCUGGAGCAGAUCCUGCACUUUGCCUACACGGGGAAGCUGUACCUGAGCCAAGAUAGUUACGAGGACAUCCACCGCACGGCCUCCGUGCUGCGCAUCCGGACCCUGGAGGAGGCGUGCUUCCGCUUUCUGCAGCAGAAGCUGGGGGGGAGGGCUGACGGGCAGGAGCCCGGCAAGGCCCACGCCUGCGGCCUAGCCGAGCCCUUUCAAGCCUCUCGCCACCCCUGCUUUCCCCCAGAGAAAGUUGCGAGCAGCAGUAGCAGCAGUGGUAGCAGCAACAGCAGCAGAGACAGCAAAGUUUGUAGCCGAGGCCCGAGGCAAACGGAUGACCGAGAGCCGAGCAAGGCCCAAGCCUGCGGCUUAGCCAGGGCCGCUCAGGCUUCUCUCGACCCCUGCGCUACUCCAGGUGACGGCGGCGGCGACGGCGGCGGCGUUUUCAGCCGAGGCUGGAGGCGACCGGCCGAUGUCUCCCCGCAGAACUCCGGCCCGUUUGAGCGCUGGAACGAGGGAUGCUCGAAGCGAGCGGAGGCGGUCACCACGGGCCGCUGGUCUCCGCCGGAGACGGCUCACGCCUUCGACCCCCCGCGGGGGCCUCUGCCCCUCUUCCGCUGCCCGCUGCGUGACAUGGACACCUCUUGCCGCGUCAUCGUCAGCACCAUUCGCACCGGCGGCGGCGGCGGCGGCGGCCACCUUGGCAGAGAUAAGAAAGCGUUUGCGGCGGAGUCACGCAGCGACGUUGAGGUGUUCGAGGUGGAGCCCGGGGCGCGGCUCGUAACCUCCGCCGCGGCCUCCGUCGUCGCUGCCGCCGCCCCGCCAAGCGACGCGGCUGGCCCGGCCGAGGCCGAGUCGCCGCACUGGGCCAGCGACAAACGGCACCGGGAUGCGGACGCCCCUCCCGGCCCGCCGCUCAAACGCGACCGGGGUUUCCGCGAGUUCGGAGAUUUCGGCGGCGGCUUCGGCGGCGCAGCCCCUCGGAACGACAACCGCCGGGCGGCCGCCCCCGUCGCCGCGGAUGACCGCCGGCCGUCUCUGGCGUGCCCGAAGCACCGGCGCUACCAGGUGGCCUGCAGCAACCAGGACGGCGCGGCGUACCGGGGCGUCAUGUCGGGGUGGUGGGCCUCGAGCGAAGAGACGAGGACGGGGGCGGCGGGCGACCGCGCGGCCGCGGCGCCGAGGGACGUCGUGCCGUGCCGCCCCGACCCGCCGUUCGCCCCGGCAUGGACCGGUGUCGUCGGGGAGGUGGCGCCGGCGACGGCUCUCGACCACCGAGGCGAGACGCGGUUCCCCGCUCAUCGCGGCGAUUCCCGGCCCGGCCCGGCGCUCGCAAGCAGAGUCGUGUGCGGACGCGGAUUUGUCGGGCGGCUGGACAUGAGGCGCGUGGAGGAGAGCGAGAGAGAGGAGGGGGGGAACGACGUGCGGGAGGAGGAGGAGGAGGAGGAAGAGGAGGAGAAGAAGGAGCAGGAAGGUGAAGGAGAGCGAGAGCGAGGAGAGUGUCGGGGUGGCGGGAUCGGCUUUGGCAGCGACGUGGGAGGAGGGGCGCGGGCGGAGAGCGGCGUGAGGAGCGAGGGUCGCCCGAGCGCCGUCAUCGCCGACGCGAGCUCCUCUCCCGUGAAUCUCUCCACGUCCUGCCGGCUGCCCGCCCGCCACGCCACCGGCAGCGCCGCCCCAGCCUCCUCCUCGCUCCCCGCGUCUCUGUCCCCGCGUCUCCCCGCGGCCACUCCCAUCGCCUCGUGCCCCGUGCUGGGCCCCCAAAUGGAAGCGGCCGCCGUCUUCCUCCAACGCUCGCUGGGCCUCCGCGUCAGCUCCACGGCGACCUCCUCCUCCCUCGCUCCGGCGUGGCUACCGACACAACCGUCGCCGCAGCAGCAGCAACUCCCUCCGCCGCCGCCGCUGCAACCGCAGCCGCCGCACGCGCCGACGACGGCGACAGCGGCGGCAUUGGGCGGUGGCUGUGCGGUGUACGGGGGGGACGGCACGGCCUUCAGUUCGUCCGGCGAGGACUCGUACUCGGACGACAGUGACUCGUGCGCAUCCAAACCCGACUGCCCGGAGGUGUCGCUGCCAUUCCCCGUGGCGGGCGUGCCCGAGAUGUCGCGAAACGAAUUCCAGGCGCUGCUGCGGCGCCACGCUCUGUCGGCGGCGCAGCUGGAGCUGGUGCACGACGUUCGCCGGCGCAGCAAGAACCGCAUGGCGGCGCGGCGGUGUCGCAAGCGCAAGCUGGACUGCAUCAACGGCCUCGAGGGGGACAUCCGCAAGCUGGUGUCGGAGCGGGAGCGAGCACUUCGCGAGCGCGAACUCCUCACCGUGGAGAUGGCCGCGGUGAGACAGAGCUGCGCCGGACUCUACCAAACCAUAUGCAGGGAGGUGCGCAGCUGCCCCGAGCACAUGCGCCUUCUCGGGCCGUACCUCCCCGCCGCGGUGGACCGGCCCGUUCCGGACGCCUCCCUCCCCAACUCCACCACCGCCGCCACCGCCUCCGUCCGUGCCCCGCUACCCGAGGUGGCGGCGCCCGUCGGGGCGGAGCGAGCGCUCCGCCCCGACCUCCGCCCCGUCGCGACGGGCGAAGUGCCGCGGCCCGGCGAGAGGAGGAGGGGGGGCGACGGUGGCGACGGAGUGGCGACGGUGGUGGUGCAAAUGCGAGCGAUGGAAUGGUCCACGCCGUCGGGAGGGGGUCGUGGUGGGCGCGCUCGCCCCGGGGAUGGUGGGAAGGUGGCGCAGUCCGACGUGGAGAAGGACGCGCAGGAUCAUGGGAAGGGAAAUGGCGAUGGUUUUGCAAGAUUGCAAAUUAGCGCUUCGUAGGUUGAUUCACCCGAAAUCGCGAUGCUUCAGGCUGAAGAGCCGUUGAAUCAGUGGUUUUAAAUCGCCAUGUUCAUCUUAACGUUUUACGAGCAUAUUGUUUUACUACGAUGGGACGAGACUUACGGACCAAACUGGCACGUGACGGACACAUUUUUUGUCCAAAAUUUAAUUAAUGGGGUGCAAAAAAAAAAACACGUGGCACAGAAUCUUCGCGCUUAAAACGUGACGGGCGUUGGACACACCCCCAAAUCUGCUUGCAGCCCUGAGCCAGCAGUUCCAAUUCCAUGUUCCUGUGACAGAGGUCAGUCAAAGACUGUUACUGAAUUUUGUUGACCCUCGAGGAAUGAUGAUGAUGGGCUGAGUCGACCUCCAACUGGAAUUCUGCGAUUCAUGACCUGCUUAAUUUUACUUUUUUUAUCAACAGUGUUAGCAACGCUUACAUGCAAAAGGUCAAAAGGAACAAUGAUGAUCUCGGGCUACUGGUGGCAACAUUCCUCAUGCCUAUGGAAGGGCUCAGUUUGUCCGUGUUUAAAGGAACUCAUCAACUCAAGCACUCAUCCCCUGCAGCCUCUUACUGGACUAACGCUGCUGACGACGACGACGACGAUGAUGAUGAUGAUGAUGGCGAUUAAGAAGCCUCGUCCUGUAUGGGAAUUGAACUUAUUUUCCUCACAGUGCGAGGUGAAGAGGAGGACGCUGCUGCCACAGAGGUUCCGUCACGUUGAGCAGCACAGUGGAGGUCCGCUGGUUCUCUCCGUUAUGGCAGCUGAAACUAUCUCAAUUUAAAAAAACUAUUUUUAUUUGACCAGGUGAGGUCCACAAAAGCAACCUGGCCACAAAUGGUUGCUCAACGAAAUGGCUAAUGUGGAAAUUCAUAGCAGCCAAAUACUCUAAACGUGCGAUGUUGGUUUUAAAUAUGGAGGGAAAAACCAGAGGAUCCAGAGAAAAAUCCACGGGGAGAGAGAAACACGCAAACUUCAAAUAUACAGCAGCAGGCGUCUGGGUUGAGAUGGAAACCACAACCUCCUGUAUACCAGGCGAGGUAGUUAACAUCUCCUAGUCGGUGUACAGCAGAUGGGCUGUGCCACAGUUGUUAGGUGGGCAGGUCGAUCGUGCCGGUUGGAGUGAAGCGUGGAUCACUGCUCACCUCUUCCAAGAAGGCCUAUCCAGUGUGCACGAGUACACCAAAAUACCCUCGAGGGUGGCACUACUCUUCUGCGAUGCACUAUGGGUAUCGAUUAAAGUAUUAAAGGUAUUUUUUUAAAGUACGUUUUGAUGUUUUUAUUUUGCAUGGUAAUGUACGUGAUAAUGAACCAGCCAUAUGCAUUCUUGUGUAAAUUCCGUUAUAAGUUAUUCAUGAAAUCCACACACACACACACAGAGCCAUACUACCUACAGACGCUGCUUAUCUGCGGAAUUGAUUUCUAUUUCACCGUGUGGGCCGAGAAGCGUGGAAGAGUAGCGAGAAGCGUGGAAGAGUAGCGAGAAGCGUGGAAGAGUAGGCCAAAUACCCUCCACUAGAGGACCUCUGGAGUUCUCUCCAGCCGAGGCCCCCUCCUGCCAGCGGUGGCGUGAGCAAGCGGUUGCGGAGCUGCGCCUUUACUUGUACACGGACUAAAAAGGCUAGGCGGCUGAGCAGCAGAGGUUGGACUGCACUUCUAUGCGUUCCCCGCCUUCAUCAACCCGCACUCACCGGCGUGGUGAAGUAUGGUGAACACUCCGGUGAGUGUGGGGGGGGGCCAUCAUCCAUCAUUGCAUCGACAGAACGGGCUCUGUGCACGUAUGUGUGGCCUUCAGCGUUAGCCAGUGGUGGAAGUUCCACAUUCCUAUGGCGAGGAUAAAAAAACAUAGAGCGAGAGAGGUGCAGAGAUUGCAAUAAAUGCUAUGCCAGUAUUACAAUCAUGAA